CAAAAGGUCACAUGGGCCGACAAAUAGCCUCUGGCGUAAUUCAAUCGCACAUGCAUCAAUUCUGCACGCUUAUACUUUUGAUAAUUCCUCAAGCAGAAUGAAGUCUUUUCACUUCCUUUUACUCCUGGCCUUGGUUAAAGCCUCUGCUAUUCCAGAAAUAACAUCGCCGAUACUUCCCAAAUCUUGUCUGGACUACUUACAUCAAGGUUUGACUCAGAAUGGCUUCUAUGUCCUUGUUGAUAACCAAGGCCAUCCAUUCAUGACUUACUGUGAUCUGUCAUACGAGCCAGGCUCUGCGUGGACCUUGGUCAUGUCUUGGCAGACUGCGAAAUUCCGGGAUAUGCCCUAUUUCAAAACCAAACUGUUCACAGAAGAUGCUCCAAUCAACGCAGGUAGUCCAAACUGGUUUAUUUACCGCGAGACGCUCGCAAGGAUGAAAUCCAUUCGUAGCCAUUCCACGCACUGGCGAGCAACGUGCGAUAUCAACAAUCUAAAAGGGAUCGAUUACGAAGAUUACCUCCGGGGAAGGCUCGGAGACUUGGAUAUCUUAAAAUGGGAGGGUGGACGAACUUGCUUUCCUAUAGACUAUGUGAACAUUCGCGGAAAAGCCGCGGGGUCUGGCACUACUAUGGCAUUCUGGCAGGUUCCAAAUAAGUAUAUUCUCCACACAGACAGUACAAAUACCGGAUGUGAAUUUUAUUAUGAUGCGAAUCCAAUUGUGGACUUCUUUGGUUUCUAUGGAGACGGACUAAGCGAAGAAUUCCGUUGUAGUGCAGAGCCUGAUUCCACAACUCAAUGGUGGUUUGGCAGUUAUCUCUCAGAAAAUCGAAUUUUUCAAAACAUUUCUCAACUAUUGGGCGUAUAAUAACUUAUUUCAUCCGACUAAACGUCGUAAGAUCUGAUAACGAAUUCUCCCUUUCGGUUGCUAUAGAUUUUAUUAGUACUGAAAUGAAUAGGAUUUGGUGUAAUAUUAUGAUAACACCCUUUAGCAGAUAUGUUUGUCGUUUCUAAUGAUCUAUUUGCUGGAAUACAAGUAAACCCUCCUUUUCGGUGAAAAUCAGUGGGAAAAAAAAAACUGAUGCCAGCGCACCGCGCGGAAUUCUGGGUGUAAGGCGCUAAAAAGUAACAGCAGCUUUUCGCACGCCUGAACCCAGAGUUCUAAGCGGCGCGAUAACUAAUCAAUUUUUUUUCACUGAGAUCUUUUUUGACUCGCACAGAGGACUUCACAGAAAAGGAGGGACUGCUGUCAUAAAAAGUUCCGUUUUCGUACAUUUACUUUAUCUAACCAGCAACUUGUAAGUGCAAGUGAUGAAUGUAAAUUGGACCAGUUAUAAUGAAUCUGAAUAGAUAGUUAUGAUCGUUUCAUAUUUAGCUACCAUUUAGGAAACGAUUUUUUUUUCUGAGUUUAACGAUUACCUAGUGUAUGAAAACCAGUUUUUUGCUUUGUUUGGUGUUGUUGUUGUUGUUGUUUUACUAAUUUUCAUUAUUUGUUAAAACAACUGAGCUAUCUAAUGGAAAUGACAAUAGUCGAUAAUGUUUUCUGGAUUGAAAGUGUCCUCUCACCAUU